CUAAAGGGACGCCCCCUUCCUUAGAAAUUAUUUACAUACUAACAACAUAAAGGCUGCCUGCUGCGUACUAAAGUGACUUCAGAUGCGUCGGGGAAAGAUGACUUCCCAUAUAUGGCUUUUACUUUAUGUAACUCCUGUGGCUUUGGCAAAAUGUGGCAUUAACAGUUAUUACGAUGGACUACUCGAGGAGUGUCAGCAUUGCUCCAUUAGAUGCCAAGCUCCCCCCUCUGUCUGUGAGACAUAUUGUAAAUCUACAGCAUCGCCUGCUAAUGAAGCUGGAGCAAACCGAAAUAUUCGUAUAAUCCUCAUAGUGUUAUUUGUCUUCCUUGCCGUUUUCAUUACACUGACUUUGAUUCAGUUUGUACGCAGAAAGGCCUGCAGACCUGUUGCCAAUGCCAAAGCUCAACAAGAUUCAUCAGAAAGUGAUGGAGGUUCUGAGGCAACUGAGAAGUCAGAUGAUGGAACAACUGACAUGGAAGAUGCCAGAUGCAAAACUCUCUGCAACACGAGCCUUCCACUUCCCUCCACAGAGGAAGGCACCACCAUGUUAGUCACCACAAAGACAGUGCAGACAUAUAACUGCAAAGCUCAAUAUACAGAGGAUGUAACUUUAGGUGUCUGGAGAACUGAAAUCGUGUAAAUAUUACCUGAAGAAUAUACAAUUAUGCUGUCUCUAAAAUACAACAAAACUGUAAAUUGCACAAAAGAUGUGUGAUGUUUACAUAUUUGACUCAGAUGCUCUUGGCUUUUAAAAGAGUUGGAGCUCUUUUUCAUCUUUACCUCUGAUUCAUUUAGUGUCAUUUAAAUGUUAGAUAUCUGGACAUCUGGAUGAAGUGUAAUGGGUUUGACGUCAACCUAAACGAAGUAGGACAGUUAAUCUCCAGGAGUACAAAUGUGCAUCACUGAAGUCUGCCACAGGCGGUCAUCCUACCUGAGAUUUAAGCACACCCCAUGGAAACUAACGUAGGCUGCUUUUGCAUUGUAUAACCUCUUGAUGAUUAUGAUCAUCCUUAUCUUUGAGACUAUUGUGAGUUUGUUAGUUUUACUGCUGUAGGGAUAACCAGAUUUACAACAGCAUUAUGUGUGUGUGUGUGUGUGUGUGUGUAUAUCUAUAUAGAUAUGGAUAUAAAUAUAUAUCACUGAACAUGUAUUUUGUAUCAAAUUUGGAUAAAGCCAUACUGGGUUUGUAGCUACAAUGUUAGUUGCUUAUUAAAAACCCUUGUGCAUGUGCACAGCUUCCAGGUAUGUGACAAUGCAUGUGCUUUGUGUAUAACCCUUUUUUUUUUUU